AAAGAAAAAAAGUAAACACCUUUUAGGUUGUAACGCAGUUUCAGCCGACUGUAUUUCUAUAAGGACAAUUUCUUGGAUUUAGUAAACUAUUAAUUAUGCCGGUAAUCCUACUGGAGAGGAUACCCCUUCCAAGUUUACAGACUUACACGUCAGUUUCUGUCCUCGUUCUGUCAGUGGCAUUAUACUAUGCAUAUCAUAUGGUGUCCACUUUUGACACUCUCACAGUUGAUUUGGGGGAUGGAGCUCAUGGAGUGACCGUUGAACCAGUGGAAGAUGAUGAAGUGUUGACAGACUCACGGGAGGGGAUCAACAUGACCCUUCCUUAUGACACUGUGCAUUGGAAUAUGUUCCAUAUUUUGACCACAGAGGUUUGGUGUGUCUGGAUUUUGGUUAAUUCUGCAUACUGCUGUUUGAUACUUCUUGGAAAAGCAAUACAAAAGCUUGUGUUUGGGGAGCUAAGAGUGUCAGAAGAACAGCAUUUGAAAGACAAGUUUUGGAACUUCCUGUUCUACAAGUUUAUCUUUAUUUUUGGGGUGUUGAAUGUUCAGACACUGGAGGAGGUGGUAUCCUGGGUGGCGUGGUUCACUAUCCUUGGCUUCUUCAAUCUCCUCACACAGCUCUCCAAAGACCGCUUUGAAUAUCUGUCCUUUUCUCCUAUAGCUGCCCGUGGUAUCCAUCUCAAGCUGCUGGGCCUAUUGUUUGUCAUCCUGCUAUGUAGCUUUGCAUUACUGUUCCUUAGUGGAUAUGUUGGGCUUCAGACAGGCCCCACUAUUUUUGCCUUCUUAGCUGCAGAGUGCCUUCUGUUGGGCAUUAGGGCCCUCUAUGUUGUAGUAAGAUAUGUGAUCCACUUGUGGGACAUGACUGUCACCAGUGUCUGGGAGAACAAGUCUAUUUAUAUCUAUUACACAGAACUGGGAUUUGAAUUGGCUUAUUUAGCUGUUGAUUUUGCACAUCAUCUUCAUAUGUUGUUGUGGGGAAAUAUCUUCUUGAGCAUGGCCAGUCUUGUAAUUUGUAUGCAGCUGAGGUAUCUAUUUUAUGAAUUCAAAAGGAGGAUCAAUCGUCAUAAGAAUUACAGAAGAGUUGUACAAAAUAUGGAAGCAAGAUUUCCAAUGGCUACCAAAGAAGAAUUGCAGGGUCACAAUGACAACUGUGCUGUAUGCUGGGAGAGAAUGGAGGGGGCAAGAAAACUGCCGUGUGGACAUUUGUUUCAUAAUUCCUGUCUGAGGUCAUGGUUGGAACAAGACACCUCCUGUCCCACCUGCAGAAUGUCCCUCAAUGAGGGACCACAGGUGAACCCCAAUCUUAAUGUCCUAGAUGAGCGUGGUGCUGCACCACCCCAACCCCCUCAACAACAGCCACAGAACCAAUUCACCAAUCAUUUCUUCCAUUUUGAUGGGUCAAGAUAUGUUAGCUGGUUCCCCAGUUUCUCUGUAGAGGUGACACAUACCCAGUUAUUACCAGGAGGGCGACAGAGACCAGUCCAAACCUCACAGCUGGACAGUAUGGCUCGUCAAGUGCAGUCUGUCUUCCCACACAUCCCUAUGAAUGUUAUCAUUGAGGAUUUGAGGAAUACAAGAUCUGUAGACUUCACCAUUGAAAACAUUUUAGAAGGCAGAGUUCAAGUGCCUCCUCCUGGUUUAACCACAAUGGCUGCUUUGACAGAUUCUGAGGAGGGCAGUGAUGACAGUGAUGCCCAGUCCGGUAUCUCACAGUCCUCCAGCAGGGCCCUACAACUGACGAGGCCUGCCGAGGGGGCUGAGGAGGUCAGCAGCAUAAUGGACGAUAAUGUCCCAUUUCUUAUGGAAACAAAACCAAGUGAUGAAACUCAUUUUACCAGGGGUGGAAGAUUUUCAAAGUCUGCCUCAGAGAGAGAAACAAUGCUACAGAGUAGAAAAGAACAAAUGUUACAGAAUGCUAGAAAGAAAUAUUUAAGUCGACAAACAAGUUCAGAGAAGGAGGCAGCAUCUCAAAUUAGUCAAAUAAGUGAGUCACCAGAGAACAGUACAACAGGUCAGUCUGAGUUACAGCAGCGACGAGAACUCGCAUUUCAAGCAGCUCAGCGGCGGUUUAACAGCUCGUAACUGUAAUGAAGACCUCAGUGUUGUGAUGUAUAUCUUGUCAAUGCAAAGUUAGAGGGAUUAAAAAUAUAUUUUGUACUGAAAAUAACAGAUUUAAUGCUUUAAAGUCUCUAUUUUGAAAUCACUGGAAGCAUCUACUUUCAGUUUUUAUUUCAAAUAUUAAUUUAUUAUUUUUUAAUGACUGUGCCCCUGAAAUCAGAUAAAGGUUUUGGGAAUAUUGAACUUUGUACUCGGUUUAAUGCUUUUGAAAGGUGAGUAUCAAAUAUAGGAAUUUAAAACUACUUUUAAUGUAGAUAUUGUAAUUGCAUGAACUACAUUGAUCCGUACUUUUGAAAGGCAUAUUGAUUUUUGUAAGUAUAGUAUUUUUGUGUUCUCCAAGUUUUAUGGUACAUUGGAAUGAACAAUCCUUACUGAAUUAUUUUGUAUUUAUAUGCACUAGCUAUCUCUUGUAUCUACAAGUCAUUCCAAUAAUGAAAUGCUUUUUACAUGCCACACAUGAUUCAUGAAAUCUUACAUCAUUUUCUAUUAUAUUGUUUUGAGGAAUUAUUUAUUAUAGUAAUUUAGUCAGAUAUAUAAAGCAAAGAAUGGCCAUUGUUAAAAAACAAAUCUGAAUACUUCAUGGGUGUCUACUAUAAUUUUUUUUUUUAUGUACUUUGAUUUGCCAAAGUGAUAAACUGUGAAAAGUGUUAUAAAACCAUACACUAAUUUUGUCCAUGUUUCUAGGUUGUUCAGAUUUUUUUUUUUUUUUUUUUGACCAUGUGUUAUCAUAUUGAAUUAUUCUUGUGUUGAUAAGCCAGAAUUUAACUUGCAGAAUUAUCUGAUAAGACCAUUUCUUUCUGAUAUUUGAGAAUCAUGAAUAAUACUAAAAUUUUAUCUUGAAUUUCUCAUGUUUAGGGGGGGCAGCCACAGUUUAAUGUACAAUUUAGCAAUUAUAAUAUUGAUUUAAUCAAACAGGGAACAAAUAUUCCUUCUUUUGCAUGAUUUUACAGCUCAGUUAGUUAACCAGUUGAUUAUGUGUAGAAGUUAAUUAAUUCAGGUGGGGUCAUUUGUCAAAUUGCAUAGCAAAUAUUUUCAAAGGGAGAUUCCUUCUUUUGCAUGAUUUUACAGCUCAGUUAGUUAACCAGUUGAUUAUGUGUAGAAGUUAAUUAAUUCAGGUGGGGUAAUUUGUCAAAUUGCAUAGCAAAUAUUUUCAAAGGAAGAUUCAUAUUAUAAUAUGUUAUGAGAUCUAAUAUGAUGAAAAUAUUUUUCUCAUGCUCUUCCUUAUCAAAACUUAAUAGGGUAGGAGAAAUUUCCAUCUAUCAUUUAUUUUUCAUUGUAAAAUAAAAACAUGUUCCUACAAAAGAAAAAAAGAGAAAAAAUAAAGGCCACAGAUGCUUGUGAUUAUUUUGUUCCCAGGUAGAAAAACAGAAUACACACUUUGUCUUUAUAUGUAUUGUUUAAUAAAUGCUUACUUUAUUUCAUGUUGAGAUGCAUGCAAUAUAAAAUGUAGGAAAGUAUGAAAGUCUUGAAUAUUAUCAAUUAUAAAAAUUAACAAAGAAAUGAAUACAAAAACCA